AUGUGGGGAUUUGGAGGAAGACAUUAUUGGGGAAGAAAUGAAAGGGGGAAAGUGGAAGGAAUAGUGGUGGUGUUUGCUUGGAUGUCAAGUGAGGACAGGCACUUGAAGAAUUAUGUCGAUCUCUACUCCUCUCUUGGCUGGAAUUCCCUAGUUUGCCACUCCCAAUUCCUCAAUUCAUUCUUUCCUGAAAAAGCUGCAUCAUUUGCACAAGAAAUUGUCUGUGAGCUUGUUCAGGAGCUAAAAAUCAGGCCAUGCCCCGUAGUUUUUGCAUCUUUUUCUGGUGGCCCUAAGGCUUGCAUGUAUAAGGUUCUUCAGAUAAUUGAGGGCAAGUGUGAAGAGCAAGCUAAUGUGGAUGAUUACCGACUAGUUAGAGAUUGUGUUUCUGGCUACAUCUUUGAUUCCAGUCCAGUAGAUUUUACAAGUGACUUGGGUACUCGUUUUGUUCUUCACCCAAGUAUUCUCAAAAUGUCCCGCCCUCCACUCCUAGCAUCAUGGAUUGCAAAUGGUAUCUCUUCCAGUCUGGAUGCACUCUUUCUUGGCAGAUUUGAAUCACAGCGUGCUGAGUAUUGGCAGACUCUGUACUCCACAGUUCGCAUGGGGGCACCAUAUGUCAUUUUUUGCUCAGAAGAUGACGAUCUUGCUCCAAUUCAGAUUAUUUGCAAUUUUGUGCAAAGGCUUAAAGACCUUGGUGCUGAUGUUAAAUUGGUGAAAUGGAUUAACUCAUCUCACGUUGGUCAUUUUCGACAAUUCCCUGUUGAAUACAAGGCUGCUGUGACUGAACUACUUGGAAAAGCAUCUGCAAUUUAUUCCCAAAGAAUACGGCAACUUGAAGGGGAGAAGAUGGGUUUGGAAGGCACACAUUAUGAGAUAUCUAAACCAUUUGGCAAUCUGAAAAAAGCAGCGGCAGGAUCAAAUCGCAGCUUCCAGACUAUUCCACGCGAUUUGAAUGACCAUUUUCUUGUGCCAAGUUCUAUAGAGUAUUAUGAGGAUAGAGACGGUGGUUCUGUGCAGGAUGAACAUAAAGAUCGUUACAUACAUCUAUCGAGCCCACCCAAAAUCAGUGCCCAUGGGGUUCUUGGUCAACUCCUCUUCGACGAAUGUGUCCCAAAGAAUGUCGAAGACUGGGAUCUGAAAUCAUCAUUCUCCUCGAGAGGGGCACCGUUUAUCUCUGGGCGAAGACAUUCUCCCUUCAAUCUGAAAUGCAUUCGCCGCUGUAGAUUAUAA